AUGUCAGGAGAACCUACUACGCCUCCUGCUACUGCUAUACGACGAUCACGUCGCCGAAAUCUCCAAAACAGGUCCUCGAAUAUAGACGAGACCUCCUCAUCAGUUGUCUCUGAAGAGAUAGAGACCCCAACGCCUUCCGGAGCCAAUCUGAGCUCUACCAAUACCGCCAACAUGGCUUCCACAAACGAACUUACCCCUGAUCUUGCUGAUAUGAUGCGACAAAUGCUUGCUCGCCAGAAUCAGAUGGAACAAGAUAUGCGAGACCGUGAAGCUAGAAUGGAGCUAAAACUGGCAUCUAUCAUCCAGUCUAAUACUCCACAAGCUUCCUUGCCUUCAAAUACAACCCAAGAUACUACACCAAUGGAUAUCCAACCGCCUCUGCGUGAUGCCUCAGACACAAAUAUCAGCAAUGCUAUUGCCCUUGUCCAAGCCGAUGUCGAUACGCUACUGCCUGACUGA